AUGCCGAUCAAGGAUCAAGUCUCAUCACGAGGUCCUGGAACAAUUGUGGGAGAGGUUCACUCUUAUGUAGGGUCCGACAUUGGCGAAGCGUAUCUAAUUGACAAAACCCGUCACCACGUCCCUCUUCGAGACCUUCGAACUAUUAAUGAAGCACCGGAUUUGAAAACUUGGGGAUUUACAUAUGUUUCCGGAAGGCAUGUUGGAGGAAUUGAAAACUUGGAAGAAUUAUCUGAUAAGAACCAAGCUGCUUUAAAAGCUGAUUCUGUUGAACUUGUGAAAAAGUUGACAGGGGCAACAACAGUGUAUGCCUUGCAAGGUGGCUAUCGGUAUUACGAACCAUCAGGAUCAGUCAGAUCAGUUCCAAUCAUCCACUCUGAUUGGACACUAGAGGGUGCCAAAUGGUUUAAAACCAGAGCACGAAAGGAACUAUUGGCGUCAGAGAAUCCAACCGAAGUUAAGUUUGGAAAGUAUGUUGUGGAAGGCAAAGAUGUCGUUAUCUACAAUGUUUGGAGGCCUCUUCAUACGGUUCAAGACAAUCAUCUUGGUUUGUGCAGAUGGGAUUCACGUUUAAAGGAAGACGCUUUGACAUCGAUACCUAAAGUAACAAAUCUCAAAAAUGCACUUCAGCCAUGGAGGUAUAGCGAGGCUCAAAAAUGGUAUUAUCUACGUGAACAAAAAGCCGAAGAUGUUUUUGUCUUCAUGCAGCACGACGCUAGGGCACCCGAUGGUCACGGUAUCAAUGUUCCGCAUGCUGCCUUCAAGUUGGAAGGUUCCCAAGGACCGGAUACACGAAAGAGUUAUGAGAUCAGAGUCAUUGCAUUUAUUGAACCUUCAAUCAAAAGAAGGCUUUUACGAUUGAAGGAUCGCAUCAAAUCAACUUCUCCCAAAUUCAAGUGGAAUUCAUCAAGAAAUCUCGAAAAAAGAAAGCCUAGCUAG